CCCGACCCAGCAAAGACGGAUGAGAUCUCCUAGUGGCCGACACCUCUGCGCACCACGACGGAAGUACGAGCCUUCCUAGGGGUGGUUGGGUUAUGGAGGAUCUUCAUCAAAGGAUUCGCAAAGAUAGCAGAGCCUAUCCGCGCAAUGAUUAGGGAAGGCGGCACUAUGGAUUGGACCGAGGAUAGGGAAGCGGCAGCCCAGACCCUGAAGGACAUCCUGUCAUCCGAUCAGGUUACUCUAGCAGCCUGUUUCAAUGACGAGGUAGGACGACCUUUCAUCUUAGAAACAGACGGGGGACCGCUGGCAGUUGGAGGAGUAUUGAUACAGAGAAGCGAGGAGGGCAAGGAAAGRCCAAUCAGAUUYGAAAGUAGGACCCUGRAUUCGGCAGAAYGGCGGUACUCACAGUUCAAGAAGGAGGUCUUAGCGAUUCUGCAUUGUCUUAAGACCUUCCAGGCAUACCUGUUCGGAAGGCGAUUUAUCCUAAGGAUCGAUCCCACCAACGUUGUCGGGACCCUAAAGAACUACAAGCCUAUAGAUCCGACCGUUGGCAGAUGGAUAGGCUUCAUAUGGCAAUUCGACUAUAAGGUUGAGCGAAUUGCAGGGCUUCGAAACAGGGCAGAUGGGUUGAGCAGGGUAUGCAUCACGCCAGAAGGAGUAGAGGACGCGGAACCAAUCGACACCUUCCUGGAGUAUGAAGGAGGGACCUUGGUGGUGGAUAAUGAGAUGGCAGAUCUAGCAAUUACUACAGGUCAGUUGUUGAUCCAGACCUUGGAAAAAGGCGCGCCGCCAGUAGUUGCAAAACUCAGGGAAGGACCAGCCACCACGGUCAGGCGUAAAGAGGAGAAGGACUCCUGGGGAGCAGAAGUAGGGGUCAAGGAAGAGUUGAUGACGAUGACUGUGGAAGGGGGACGGGACGCCGUAAUGAUGUUGACGAAACCUGGGCGCAGAAGGAGUGUCAAUGGGUUUAGAUACAUCUUGGAUGCAAGAGAUAAUCUCAGUGGCUAUAUAGAAGCCAUAGCUCUCAAGAAGAAGACGGGGAAAGCAGUGGCCGACUGGGUGGAAGAUUUCUACCUAAGGCACCCCUUCGUGCGCAGGUUUAUAGCAGACAACGGGAUAAAAUUUGUUAACCAGGAGGUGUUGAAUAGGCUCAAGAUAUUGUGCGUACCGAUCAAGAUCACCGAGCCUUAUCAUCCUGAGGCAAAUGCUCCAGUAGAAAGGGGUCACCGGACUUUGAAGAACACAAUCGCAAAGUUGGCAGCGGAUAAUUUGGGAAGUUGGCCACGGUUUCUCAAGCAGGCAGUCUUCGUCGAGAACAUGACUCCAAAAAGAACAACGGGAUGUAUUCCAACAGAACUCUGGUAUGGAAGGGAGAUCGAUUUUUCGAUAGAAGCCUUGGUCCCUACCUGGAACAGGCUAGAUGACGACCCACACUUGAGCACGGAAGAGUUAAUCACCGCACGUUGUCAGCAGGUCACCAGAAAUAAGGAGGCACUCGAGGAAGUAGUUAAUCGUGUAACAGAUAGCCGAAUGAAGGACAAAGCAAGGGCCAGGCGAGAAGAAGCAGGACAGCAAGAAAACGAAAAAAUGGAGUUUGGGAAUGAAAAUGACAGCAAUGCAAUUAACAGGCCGGAAGAGGGACAAUCGUCAAGGCAAACUGGAGAGUCAAGCUCCAGGAAAAGAAAGUUCUAUGUGGGGUUCGAUCACAACCUAGUUAUGAAGAGGGGGGGCAGAAAGCAAGGAACCAGGGGGGCCAUCGUCACUAAGGAAGGGGAGCCAGUAGAACUGUCAUCAGACAGUGACCCUAGUAGCAAGGAAGAGAGGAACCCGAGGAAAAUGCCAAGGUUGGAGGAGGACGUGCCCGUGGAAUUUAUCGACCUCACCAGCGACGAAGAAGAGGAUGAAGUGACAACGCCUUCAAGGGAAGAUCGGGGAAGAAAGGAGGACCCAGGGGAAGAAAAGGACCCAUGGAAAAGAGAAUUCGGGCCAACUUUCAGCGAUUGGUUCGAUCAAUGGUCAAGUAUUUUGCGUUAUCAAUGGGCAAUGAAGGGCAAGGAAAAGUUCAGCAGGGGAGAAGACAUAUCCCCAACAACUUUCUUCUCAGAAGAAACGCUUCGUCAUCUACAGGCAAUAAAGAGGCUAAUGGAGCAAGAGAUGGAGGACCGUGCAAGGAUGGAGGCUCGGCGCAGGGCACCGGGACAGUAAAAAAGGGGGCAGUAGGCAAGAUGGGAAUAGCUGGGAAUCGGGGAAGGGUUGAUAACCGGGCAGCAACAACAGCCAUCUUUCUUUUUUGUGCAUUUGAACUUCUUUGUGAAUGAACUAUGAUGAGACAG